GCAUAGUACGCGUAGUUUAGGCACAGUGUCAUGUGAUUGUAUAGCUAGCCGAGUGCUUAGCCUCUGACGGACACGAGUUCUUAGACAACCCCGUACGCUACCCUCAUCUUCAUGCAAACUCCUACCGGAUUGUGUCUUUGAGAUCAAGUGUUGCUGGAAAGAUACAAGAUGCUGUUCCGUUGCUUCGCAGCAUUUGCCGCCGCGGCGAAAAUUGCUUCCGCGCAACAGGCAUGCACGAAUUGCACAAACGAAUCCCCGGAACCCAUCGAACUUGUGCCAGCACCGUGGACUCUCAAAGGAGAUAUGUACGGCUCUUUUCUGCUUCCGGGUGCUGGUGUGCCUCUCUUUGCGAACAGCGACAGUCUGCCAAAGAAAGCUUUCCCUCCGCUCGAACGCCAAUAUCCUGAGGCCAUAGCAGGCGAGUACACCGGAAGGCUUGGUAUGCUCCAGGUCUUACGCUACACUGAGACUCCAGUCGGACCCUACGAUGAGCUGCUUAUCAUCCCGGGCUUCUUCGGAUUCGAGGACAAUGGAAAGCGUCAAGAGAUGACCCGCGUAAGCCGCAUCUAUGUCAGUCAAAAGUACACCGCAUGGAAUGGACGCAAGAACUGGAACAUCCCCAAACACCUCGCCCGCUUCGACUGGACCUACAGCGACGACGGCUCCGCCACAGUAAAAGUCUACCCCUUCGACACAACCGGCGAUCCCACCGAAUCCAGCCCCUCAGAAAAACCCUUCUUCCAAAUGACCUUCUCUCCUCUCCUCCCCCAAAACCUCCUCAGCAACACCCUCACCUCCCUCCUCCCGGGCCUGGGCCUCAACAAAGGCCUAAACCUCAACCCUACAAUCCCUUUCACAACAGACCUCUACGCCUUACUCGGAAUUAAUGCGACAUUAUACCAACCUCCUGUCCCUGCCGCGAAUGAUUCUUUCGGCGCUAUUACGGAUGAAGGACCGAAUUGGAAGGCUGUUGUGCCCGGGCAGUAUUCGACGAAUUCGACGUUGGGAUUGGUAAAUAUGGAUCAGACGGGUGGGGAUGGAGAGGAGACGGGAGUGAAUGCUGUGGGGGAUGAGUUUUUUCCUAAUUUUUGGCCGGGAUUGCCGAAGCAGAAUGUUGGGAUUCGGUUGAGGGAUGCGACGAUUACGUUUGGUGAGGGGAUCGAGUUGCCGAAUAUUGUGGUCUAAUGGAAUGCGAGUGGAGCAUCUCUGAAUCAUCUUGGAGGAAUCUUCUCGAUUUUCUUCUGUAUGGAAUGGCCGCGCAUUAUUUGGAAUAUGUCAAAAAAGCAGAGUCGAUUGAAUGUGUAUAAUCUGCUGUGCGAGCUCAUGCGCUUGAUCUUAGACGCACGACCGCUGCAUUGUACUAUAUGUUCGAAUCAGCCAGACUGGCUAGGAGGUGAAAGGCCACAUGCGCCUGACUAGAGCGCUCUUGUGUGUUGCACGCCACUCUGAGCUGGACGAAAGGAGAGCAAGAGCUCGACACAUACUGAACCGUGCACGGCUGCAAAUUGUAAGAUAGGAAGGUACUGAAAAGGAAGAGAUCAUAGCGCGCAUAGCGCACAACAUACUGGAUAUUUUGUGUAAUUUUAGCAACCUUGGG